AUGACGCAGCUGAUCCCGCAUGAGACCUUGCUUGACAAGGGCAAGCUGGUCGAGUAUGACGGGAGCAAAGGAAAUUCUAUGUUUGUUUCACACCAAUGGACAGGCGCCGACCAUCCGGACCGCAGCUUCGAGCAGUUCGCAGUGCUGCAGGGCGCAUUGAAGAAUUUGAUGGCCGGGGAUGCAAACAUUUCGGGCAACAUCAGCAUCGAGCUGUACAGAGGAUGGCAGAAUGAAAUCUCCGCCAGUGAUAUAUUCUCAAAACAGCUCUUCAUUUGGUACGAUUACUUCUCCUGCCCUCAACUCGAUCAUGGCGCCUCUGUGCACAACCGUAAGCUGGCCAUCGCCAGCAUUCCAGCCUUUGUGGACAAGUCUCAGUACUUCAUCAUUCUUUGUCCCCAUGUUCGCCGAACGGCAGACAACCAGCUGUUGACCAAAAAGACUUGGGGGAGUAGGGCAUGGUGCAGAUUAGAGAAAAUGGCUCGGGAACUCAGCACCCACGCAGACACCUGUAUUUCCAUCGAGAUCCAUGGACCUCUGCAUCAGGUUGAGGCACCAGCUUAUGGAUGGAUGCAGGCCCCGGUUGGGACAGGGAAUUUCAGCGUGGAGUCGGAUCGCUGGUUGGUCGCCAAGGUGCUGCAAGAAAUGACGCGGAAAAAGAUGCACUUUUACUUGGCUCGUGGAGACUUGCAGAACUUUCGCCUGCUCAUGAAUUUGCAGCGGGUACACCUCCGGAAUCUCCCUGUCCAGCCAAUUGAUGCAGUUGUGCCAGGCUUUAUCUCAAACUCUCAGGAUCCAGCUACGUACCUGCUUGGAAGCUUCAUGUACCAGAACGGGUUUCAGUCGACGCAGGACCGCACUUCGGAGGGUUGGUCCCCCAUGUGUUUUGCAGCUCUGGACGGUAGGCCCCUGCUUUUGGCUGCUCUCCUCGAAGAACGAGCAGAUGUGAACGACAGAAUAACAGAGCAGUCCUCCACGACAUUCGGGUCGUGCCCGCUUCUCCACAUUUGCUCCUUUCUCUCCCACAAUGAUGCCAUCCAGGUGUUGAUCAGCAACCGCGCGGAUGUGCUCGCAAGGGAUGGUUAUGGAGCAAGCGCUCUUCCCUGGGCAGCUUUUUCAGACAACGUGGAGGGGAUCCGCGUCUUGAUUGCUGCUGGCUGCGACCCAACGCAAGCUGAUAUGCUUGGAUACUAUCCUUUCACAUUGGCUAGCUCCGCAGGCUCUGUUGCAUCCAUGAAGGAGCUCCUACCUUACACUCCCAGGCCGGAGAUCACCAAGUCGCUGAAUGUCGCCAUGCUUCAGGGCGGCGGAUCGGCUGAGGUUGUUUCCAUGUUGAUUGGCAUGGAGGCGGACGUGAACCAUCAGUCGAGCUUGCCAACGUUGAGCGUCUUGGGCAUUAUGUUUGGAUGCCUAAGCCUGCGGCAUCGUUUUCGUGAGUCCAAGUUGAGCACCUAUGCCUAUCACCAUGACGGCCUGACGCCCCUGAUGUGCAGUGUCAUUACCAGCUCCUUCGAGGCUACAGCUGUCUUGCUGGGCGUGGGCGCAAGAACGGACCUCCGAAACUCUCGAGAGAAGACAGCACUUGAUCUUGCACUGGAGACUUACGCGCCGGAAUACAUCGUAUCUGCUUUGCAAGACUCCGGCAAUAGUCGCAAGAACCUUGUGCUAGAUGUGGCUGAAUAUGUGGAAAACCAUCAGUUGAUUUCAGAAUCUUUUUGA